UCACGAAGUAAUUACGUAGCCGCGUUCCCACACUGACCAACUUAGGCACUGUGUUUUGUCCGACUUUUAAAACAACUUCUUUACUCCAGAGCGUUGCUGUUUUUGUUCGGAAAAGGCCCUUUCCAUCGGCGUGCUCUGAGCAGAACAGAGGAGUUUGGAAUGCUCAGAAAAUGAACGGAAACACAGAUACAUCCAAGUCGGCUGUGAGCAGUGUGGAGAAUCGGGCGUGGUCAGGGUGCGUGGUGUUGUUCCUGCGCUGCUGUGGUCCAGAACCUGAUCUUCUGUCCUUCUACAAAGACCAGCAGGAGAAGUUCAGUGUCUUCAAGACCAUUAAACUCACUCUGUCAGAUGUUGCAGGUGGACUCGAUGGUUAUGAAAUCCUCAAGCUUCAUGACGCUGAUCCGUUCCUGGGAGUGGAGCUGAAGUUCAUGGACAUCAGUCCCUGUAGGCGUUUCCUGGACAGCUACUCGUGUGGCUCGCUGCUUCAGUUCCUGUCCCAGCAUGCAUCACGCCUGCUCUCCAUUCCUGACGGUGUGAGCGUGGAGGCCAUGCUCAAGGCAGGAACAUACACCUUGGACCACAGCCUUCAAGAUCAAGAACGCUGUCUACAGCUCAUAUACCAGUCUCAGCCCGUGCGUUUGCGGGAUGACGAGGUCACGCAGCUCGAGCAGCAGCUACAGAACAGCUAUAUCCCCCCCAUCCCGACACAGAAGGAAGUGCCCAAGAACUGCUUCCUGUUCCAGAAACGGCUCUUCGACGACAGGCCUCUGACGCCCGCAGAUCAGCAGUGCUUCGCUUCUCACGUGGGCCGCGAUUGGAAGCGAGUGGGUCGAGCGUUACAGAAGAACUGCCGGGCGCUGAAGGGGACGGCCAUCGACAAUCUCGCUUACGAGUAUGAGAGGGAGGGGCUUUACGAACAGGCCUAUCAGCUACUCAGACGCUUCAUCGAAUCAGAGGGCCGGAACGCCAGGCUGGGGCGUCUCAUCGGCGCGCUGGAGGAUGCCAAGCUGAUCAACAUGGCCGAGAUCAUGUUGGACAUUCAGCCCAGAGAGUGAGGGACUCGAACUGCGUGCGUGUGUGUGUGUGUGUGUGUGUGUGUGAGUCUAACUGGGUCUGGUACCUAAAGGUGUAGAGUUUUUUAGUUUAUAGCUUCAUAUAACAUUUUUAAAAAUGCAGCAUCGUCCAUUUAGGUAAAAGAAUAUAAGAUUAGAUUAAGACAGCGGCAGCGUUGAGAACAUCCUGGUGCUAGUUAUAUAGCUUUCACUCCUGUUGAAUCUGAAUCAGAGUGAAACUGAUUCAUUUGAUUCGUUUGGUUUGCCUUAAAAAAAAAAAAAAAAAAACAACCUUGUUUGAGGUGUGUAGAGAACUGAAAACGCUCGCAUAAAACGGUUUCAUUCUUUGCUCUGAAAAACAAUCCGGGGGGGGCAGGAAAAGCAAAUCUUUUACCAAAUAAGGGCGUGUAGAAAUCGCAAAAAUGACCCGAGCACGGAGAACACGGAGCCAGCCCUGAAUGAAUGAUUAUAUGAUUAUGUAAGGUCUAAAGUGUUUGUAAUUUUGUGUGUCGUAUCCAACUUCUCAAAUUCACAGGACUCAGGGCAUUUCAAGCAGCAUGUUUGAUUCACUUUCCACAGGUGAGUCGAUUCAGAGUCGAUUCACUUUCUCACCGGAGUUCACGAGCGCUCGGACGCUCUCGGGCCCGAGUGUGAUCGCGGUGAGUGUUCUCCCCUGACCUAAAGAACCGCACCGAACACACCAGGGUUCUGUUCAGACUCACUAAACAUUGUGUAUGUGAAGCGUGCUUAACGCUGACGAGAGCUUCGAAGAACGAACAAGUCCAGAGUCGCAGCAGGUCAUCAAUCCUUUUCUCUUUUUUUUUUUUUUCUUUUCUUUCCUUUUUGCAUUCAGAAUCAACUAUAUCAUGAAGAGCUGCACUUGUUCCUGUGUGUGUGUGUGUGUGUGUGUGUGUGUGUGUGUGUGUGUGUGUGUGUGUGUGUGUGUGUGUAUUCACGUCAGGAGCAAGACCAAGAGCCAGUGUUCUACAUUCGGAACCGAGAACUUUUUAUUUUUUAUGUGCAAUCCAGAAACGUGGAACAAACGUUGGCGAGCCCAUUCCUGUCUGCUGCGAGUCCGUGUUUAUCGCUCUGUAUCUGCCUGGUCUUUAAUACGGAACCGAUUCCCUGCGGUAUCGGAUCAACCGUGUAUAAAUGAACUGUUCCGUAUGAAUCGGUCUGUUUCAGCCAGUUAUUCGUGUAAGGAUUAGAUUGCAUGCUUGCUUGUUUUGGUACACGGGAAGCAGAAGGAUGUUUAGAAUCGUAAAUGCUUUUGUAUUAUUUACUCGAUUGAUUGAUUGAUUGAUCGUCUAGCCAUGUAAAGAAUUACAACGAGCGACCAAACGAUCAAAGUGUAGAACAAAGAGCCUUAAAAAAAUAUCCAAAGAGGUGCCAAUAAUUGUCACGUACACGGGAAAUAACGUAACGGUCCAAUUUGUCACUGAGCAAAUAUUUGGGAAGGUUUUCUUCACUCGGUUCCGUGAACGUUCGGUGAAAAUCUCGGAUGUUGUUUACUGCAGGCUGCACUGAAUUGUGGGGAAGAUGGACCCGAUGCCAAUAUGAUUCAUUAUGAAUGCGAAAGAUUAUUCGAUAAAAUGUAUUAAUAAAUAAUAACAGUGGUAAUAAUGAUAAUUGUAUGAAUAAUACAAGAGACAACUACAUCCUUGACGUGUGUGUUGGAGGUAUUUAAAGGGUUUUUCGUUUUUUCUCAUGACCAUGAAUGUCUCUCACUGCUCUAUAUGAAGAAUUUUUUUCUCUCAAAUAAAUCUUUUCAUGUUUGUAGAACAA